AUGGCUGCCUCCCCCACGGAGCCUGCGAUGAGCAAGGGAAUGGAAGGCAGCCCAUUGGCAGGGCUCGGCUUUCCUCCUGGCAAAGCCGGGAGCCCAGCGUUGCUCUGCAAGGUGUGUGGCGAUACCAGCAGCGGCAAGCACUACGGCAUCUACGCCUGCAACGGCUGCAGCGGCUUCUUCAAGCGCAGCGUCCGCAGGAAGCUCAUCUACAGGUGUCAGGCCGGCACAGGGAUGUGCCCAGUGGACAAAGCGCACAGGAAUCAGUGCCAAGCCUGCCGGCUGAAGAAAUGCCUACAGGCCGGAAUGAACAAGGAUGCUGUACAGAAUGAACGGCAGCCCCGCAGCACAGCGCAGGUGCGCCUUGACGCCAUCGACCUGGACCCCGAACGGCAACCUGAGCAUUUGGCCACGACACGGGAUGCGCCACCGCCGCCACCUUGCCCCUCCCUGCAAAGCCACAGGCUUCCUACCUCCUGCGCCAUGACAGGGGCUUCAAGGGCCCCGGCGCCAACUCCCCCCAGCAACCACCGCUUCAUGGCCAGCCUGAUGACGGCUGAGACUUGUGCCAAAUUGGAGCCAGAGGAUGCUGACGAGAACAUUGAUGUAACAAGCAAUGAGCCGGAGCGUUCAGGCAGUGAGGCUCACGUAUCCCCAUACUCACCUGCCAGCCCCGAGAGCGUCUAUGAAACCUCCGCCCGACUCCUCUUCAUGGCUGUGAAAUGGGCAAAGAACCUACCCGUCUUCUCAAACCUGCCCUUCCGAGAUCAGGUGAUCUUACUGGAGGAAGCUUGGAGCGAGCUGUUCCUGCUUUGUGCCAUCCAGUGGUCUUUACCACUGGAAAGCUGCCCCCUCCUCUCCGUGUCGGAGCUGGCCCCUACCCUCAACGGAAAGCUUGCGUCUGGUGGGAUGGACCUUCGCGCCCUGCAGGAAAUCAUUGCACGCUUCAAAGGGCUGCUGGUGGACCCCACCGAGUUUGCCUGUAUGAAGGCGAUUGUACUGUUCAAACCAGAAACAAGAGGUCUGAAGGAUCCAGACCAGGUGGAGAAUUUGCAGGAUCAGUCCCAAGUCAUGCUGGGACAACAUAACCAGAUCCAUUACCCCAACCAGCCUGUCAGGUUUGGAAAACUGCUGCUGCUCCUGCCAUCACUGAAGUUCAUUUCUUCAGAGCGCAUUGAGUUGCUUUUCUUCCGCAGAACCAUUGGAAACACACCCAUGGAGAAGCUGCUCUGUGACAUGUUCAAAAACUGA